AUGCCAGGGGAAACUAGACGAGGCUAUGCAGGGCGUGCUUCUCCAUCUUCUAAGGUCGACGGCAGUGUAAAUAUGAUCUCCAGUCAGAGUGUCGUCGAUCGUGAUGACCCCAGUGAUUCUCGUGAAUUUAUGAGUUCUUCUGCUUACAAUGACUUCGACAGCUCGGGUGUUUUUCCAAUUUUAAAGGACAUUGGCACCAUGAAAUCGGUGCCCCUGGACACCCAGGAUAAGACCUUCUCCUACUCCGGCGGCCUAAUACUUUCCUGCUUGGGCUGCGUUCUUGGCACAGGAAAUAUUUGGCGGUUUCCCCGGGUCUUGGCGGCGACAAGCUCCGAAGGAGGCAGCCUCACCUUCAUUCUCGCGUGGGCUCUUUUCCUAUUUACAUGGUCAAUUCCAUUGGUCAUUACGGAAUACACAAUGGGACGGUUUACGAGAGGAUCUCCCCUUACUUCUUUCUACAAGUUUCUUGGUAAAAAAUGCUUAUGGGUCGGAGCUUGGGUGACAGCUGUGGCGUUCUUCAUUAGCGCCUACUUUUCAGUUGUGGUUGGCUGGUGCUUCUAUUACUUCUAUCUGUCCUGUUCUUUAUCGGUGCUGCCAGAAGAUCCAAAAGAAAGUGCAGAAAUGUUCAAUUGGUUUACUACCACCUACUACCCCCUGGCGAUGCACACAAUUGGACUUGUCAUCUGUGGCAUCUGCGUUUUCUGGGGCGUCAAGGGAAUAGAAAUUGCCAACAGCUGUCUUGUACCUCUUCAGCUCUCCAUUGUCCUCUUCACUUUUGCUUGGUCUCUCACUCGGGAAUACGCUGACGUUGGCAUCCAGUUCAUGUUCACACCAGCCUGGCACACACUGAUGGAACCGAAAUUGUAUGUUGAAGCGGCGUGUCAGAACGCCUUUGACACUGCCGCAGGCAUGGGUCUUUUCUCGGCGUACGCAGCCUACUUUACCCGAAAAACUGGCGCUGUUCGUUUUGGGAUGUUUCUGCCAAUGAUCAACAAUCUAGUCAGGCAAGUGAAACUGCGCAACGCAACUGCAUCGUUGCGAUCAUGA